AUGAUUCUGAACAGAGAGGAAGCUUCAUACGUGGUCAGCCUGGAAGUUCAAACCCCGAUCGACAUCAUUCUUCUGCAAAGCGACAUUCCGGUGGACCUUCUGGAUUUUGAGAAAAACUCUGCGGUUGUUUCCUUCUCCAAAUGCGACCCGGAUCCGGCGGAUGCAUCGGCUACCGAGAAGGAAAGACUUUCCGGAAUCAGGAACCACUUGCUCGCAACUUACCGGUGCCAGGCCAAUACCACUCGCCUGGAGGUGAAAAUCAGAACGAUCGAGGGCCAGUAUGGCACUCUACAGGCUUACAUUAUCCCGCGAGUUCAGCCGAAAAGUUGCGUCGUGAGGGCCUUUCCGAUCAAGCCGCUGUCACUGCACACCAGGACCAAGGAGUUUGACAACAACAGGUUAGCACAACGAGGGGAUGUUUCCAAAGAAAGUGUUAUACACGCAUUGAGUCUCAUGAGCCCGAAGUUGCAAGCUCACUUGAAGUUGUCCAAGCAAGUUCAGCUGAUUGACGGGCUGAAAGAAAUUGAACUUCACGAAAGCGACAUUUCUUUCCUGGAUUCCGAGUAUCAAGAAAUAUUGAAGAACGCUGACCAGUUGAAGGCACAGUACAACAAGCAGCCGUGUUACUUGGACAGAUUAUACGGAAUGAUCACGGAUUUGUACAUUGACCAGUACAAGUUUCAGGGGGUGAACGUAAAAUCAAGAGUUCCUCUUCUGUUGGAUCUAUUGGACAACAAUUACAGUCUGGAUUCCCUGACUGAAUUUUUUCAAGCUGAUUUCUAAGUUCGGAAUCGUGAGUUUUCAAAAAGCACUCGUAAUUAAGUGUUUGAAUUGGGGCAUUCCAGCGUUUCUGGUACUUGGUGGAACUUAUGUGAUCUUUUCAGCGCAGAUCUCAGCCUAUUUGUAGUUUUUGUGAUCACUUGUGAGACACUUCGUGAGCAAAGCUUUACUUGAAAGAAAGUUAAUUAUUGUCCUAAGAGAAUUUUUUGUGUUCAUCGCGCUUCUAUCUCAAUUUUAUGACGAAUGGAAUUAUCUCAUCACUCUUGGGCUGUAUUUCUAAAUUUUAUCAUUUCAGGAGAUGUGAAAUCUCCGAAUUUAAUGGCACAACAAAAUAUAAAAUUGCGACUGGCCUAAUUUUAAAGUUGUGUCGUGACAUACGUCCAUGAAUGACAUUGCCGUCCUUUUUGAUUGUGUCGAAAACAUUUUUAUGCAUUUGAUAAGCUUUGAACAUAUUCAAUAGCAUGCACUUUAACGUCUGAUCGAAUUAUGUUUUUGCGUGAGUGUAUCUGCUGUUCUAACACUGUGAUGAAAAAAUAUACGUACAUCUUUCUCUAGUCAGCACAGAAAAAA